AUGGACGUAUUCAAAUAUGUCGAGGAUAAAGAUGUCUUUCAGAAAUUCUACUGCAAAACUCUUGCCAGGAGACUAGUGACUAAUCAAUCUGUGUCUGAGGAUGCAGAGGCUUCUAUGAUUGCCCGUUUAAAAGAGACAUGCGGCUACGAAUAUACUUCUAAAUUGCAGCGUAUGUUUCAGGAUGUCAGCUCCAGUCGUGAAUUAAAUGCCAAGUUCAACGACAAUCUCAAGGCUCAGUCUGCUAGUGGAUUGUCUCUUAGAGGCGGUAAGUAUUGUGCUUUGCAUUUCUGCAAUUAUACAUAA